UAUCCCUGUACCGGUGCUACUGUCAAUGCUGAGUGACGCAUGUGACGUUCGCAGUCAAGCUGUGGGCCCGCCACAUUGUGGUGUGUGUGUGACACAAGCUGGCUCGUCCUCUUUCAUCUGUCAACCGCCUGAGUGAACGGUCGUGUAAGCGGGGGCUUCUCGUCGGAGCGGAACGCACAAAUGGCGAUCCUGCCAGGUUUCCACUGAUUUUUUUCAGUUGGAAGUAAAUUUUCUUAGCAAACCUUUCUGCCCUACGAGACGCCCCCAACAACGGUAAAAUAGUGUUUUAAAAGUUUUUGUUGACGAGAGGUGAAAGUGAGAAUGCCACAAGCUCCUCACACUGCACCUCAGUCAGUGUCGAGCAUCAGAACAGAACUACACCGCAACCAUGCCGAAGGAACUUCCGACCUCCUGGCUGGACAAAGCCCCCGCAAAGUACGACGACGAUCUGGCCGAAAUGGACGACUUCUUCCGUGGUCUCGCCGAAAAGUACAUCCGAGAAACGCCCGACCUGCGCCAGCAGUCGUUGGCCCAACUCCGCGAUUGGAUCGCCAAACAUCCCCACAUCCGGCGAGUACGUACGGACGCUCCGUUCCUGUUGCGCUUCCUGCGGACGAAAAAGUACAACUUCAUCAACGCUUCCAAGCAGCUGGAACGCUACCUGGCGGUUCGAAUGCUGCACCGAAAGUACUUCGAGCGGCUGGACGUGGAAGAUCCGGAAUUUGGAGCGCUAAUUGGAUCGGGAUUUCUGGUCCCCAUGCCUGAACGGGACGCCAAGGGACGCACGGUGAUCUUCUCCACGGCCAAAGACGUGGACGCGGAACGGUUCACCGUGCAUCAACUGUCCCGGGCUCACUUCCUGCUAAUGGAAGUCCUCAACGAUUCGAACGAGUUUCAGUGCGGUGGGUUCGUGUCGGUGCUCGACUUCAGCGGACUUACAAUGGCCCACGUGAACCUGGUGGGCGUCAACGACAUCCGGCUGCAGGUGAACGUUUCGGCCAACGCCACUCCCGUGCGGGCUCAGGAGAUGCACUUUAUAAACGCCCCAUCCCUGCUGACCACGGCCAUCAACUUGGUGAUGAAGCUGACCAGCGAAAAGCUAAGGAAUCGAAUCUUCUUCCAUCAAAGCUGGGACGAGCUGUACGCCAGGGUGGACAAGAGCCUGCUGCCGAAGGAGUACGGUGGAAGCGUUCCAAUGGAAAAGUUGGUGGCGGACUUCAAGGAUCGCUGCCGGGAGUUGCGUCCGCAGCUUUUGGCGAACGACGAAAUGGAGCUGGAAGUGACGAAGGAUUCCGAGUACUGGCAGGAGUCGUCGGACCUCGAGCUGGAAUCGGGUGCGAUUGGGUCGUUCAGAAAGCUGCAGGUUGAUUAGGGGGAUCGAUUUGAGGGUGCGUGGUAAUGAUUGCAGUGGAGAAUAAAGAUCAUCAAAUGUUAGAUGGAUUGUUCUCAA